AGGAAAGGAUGCUUGAGGGUGUGUGUGAGUUGUGUGUGUUUGUGUGUUUUUGCGUGUGCAUGUGUGUGAGUCCCCCCUCAGGGUCCAGAGCAACUAAAACUCUGCUGACGUCCGUCUGAAACUUUACGUCUUGCUCCACAGACGCUUCUUCUAUGAAAAUCAAAACUUUGAAAAGUACUGAACUGACCCUUAAUGAACUUUGUGGACGUGAUUAAACUCAGAACCUUCUGGUCAGUAGAAGUUCUGGACUCUUGUGGAUCCGAUUCUUUUCUCAGAAGAAAGUCAAACUGUUUUUAUCUGCCCUGAAACGACCUUGUGACGUUUGUACGUAUUGUUUUCGGGGGUUGAAGGACGAGCAGCUCCCAGACACAGCAAGGAUUUAAUCUGUCUCUUGUUUUGUAAAUAAAAAUCAACAAAUGGACGAGGACAGACAGUGAGACAAGCGUCUCAGGCCUGAUCCCGGCUCUUUGUCCACAGAGACGUCUCAGCUCCGUCUGCUCAGGGAGGUUUUCAGUCUGGAGCCUGAGAGAAGAAGUGAAAGUUGUUAUUUAGGGAACGAAGGGCCUUGUUUACAUACGAGGAUGAGAGUAAUGAUUUGACACUUUUCGCGUCAGGAGUGGGAGGCGGCCUCCCGGAGAUCACGCUGACCUUCGACAAUGGGAAAGUGAUGUACGGCUUCUGCAGCCUGAAGGAGCCGAGCGCCGCUCUGCCACGAUACAUCCUCAUCAACUGGGUGGGCGAAGACGUGCCGGACGCCAGGAAGUGCGCCUGCGCCAGCCACGUGGCCACCGUCGCAGAAUUCCUCCAGGGCGUGGACGUCAUCAUCAACGCCAGCAGCCUGGAGGACAUCGACCCGUCGGCCAUCGGGCAGCGGCUGACCAACGGGGGGGUAGCGGUGGCCAGUCCGGUCCUGAGCCGCCUGAAGACCAGAGAGGACGAGCACGGAGACGUGGGAACAGUUUACGAGAAAACCAACGCAGAGGUGGAAAUGAAGAAAAUCAAUCGAGAGGAGUUUUGGGAGCAGGCCAAGCGAGAGGAGGAGCUGAGGAAGGAGGAGGAGCGCAAGAAGCUGGCGGAGGAGCGUCAGCGCUUCGAGGAGGAGCGGAUGGAGCUGGAGAGGAAAGAGCAGGAGAGCCGAGAGCAGAGGUACCGAGAGAGGGAGCUUCAGAUCGAGGACAUCAGGAAGAAGCUGCUGGAGGAGGAAGAGGCCAAAGAGCGGCUGAAGAACCAGGAGAAGAUGGCAGCGGAGGCGAGCCUCGAGGACCUGAACCUGGACAAGAAGGAGACGGAGGUGGAGGAGGCGAAGGCCAUCAUCGCCCAGCGCUCAGGAAACCCCCGGGAGUUCUUCAAGCAGAAGGAACGAGCCAUGACCAUCAGCGUGGACACCUCGCCCGUCUCCGUCCACAGACCCGGGGACGAUGACCACGAAGCGAGCACAGAGCAGAACAUGGCCGCCGGGUCGCCCAUCCCCAGAAUCAUCACCACAGCCAUCAAAGAGGAUCUGAGCCGAGAGGAGGAGGACGAGAGAGACGUGUGGGACCCGGCCCCGAAGCGGGACCCGAAGCCGGCGGUGCAGGAGUCCCCGUCCUCGAAGCCGGUGCAGAGCGUGGCCCCGCAGGCCCGCGACUCCUCCGGCUUCAACGUGUGGGAAUCUGGGACGGACCGACUGGUCAACCUGUGGGACAGCAGCUGCGACCCCCCCACCGACCCCUCCCAGACCUCCCAGUCCUCCAACCUGGUGGACCUGAUGGGCAGGGACAGCGUCCUGCCCAGUGCCGCCGCCGCCGCCAGCCGGCCUCAGCCCCUCCUCAGCUUUGACGAGAUGAUUGACGGCUCCUUCUGCUCGGGCCCCGCGGCCGAGGACGACCCGUCCAGUCUGGUGGACGUGACCAGCUCGGACCAGAUGACCCUCAGCUACCAGCAUGCACUGCAGCAUGUGACCGAGGGGGGGCAGGAGGCUGAUGACGGACAGCUCCUGAUGACCAAUGGGGAGAUGCUGCUGAAAGAAGGGACGCAGGCGAGCGAGGGAUACUUCAGCCAAUCACAGGAGGACGAAUUUGGCCAAUCAGAGGAAUCCUCAGCCAAACCGGCGCCGGUCUUUUAUAACAAGCCACCAGAGAUUGACAUUACGUGCUGGGACACAGAUCCCGUGGUCGAUGACGACGACGACUAACCGACCAAUCGCACGCCGCCCAUCGGACCAAGAGGAAGUAGGAAGUUCAUGAAGAAAUCUUUUCUAAAAAAAAAAGAAAACACAAACAAACAAAUAAUAGCAAGUUCUGCAUCAAACUACUUGUGUAUAAUCUUUUAGAGAAACGAAACAGUAGCCACAGAAAAAGACGUUUGAUUUAAAAAGUUCGAGGCUCAGUUUAUUUUCUGUGUUUGUUAUUUUAUUUAUUUGUUUUUUCUUCUUCUUCUUUUUUUUUUUUCGCUAUGCAGAUGUCACCGCUCCGGGGACGUUUGUUUUGUGUACUUGAUUAAUGACACGUUAACGUAGCACACUGCUGCAGAGUAGAGACGAGGGCGGCGAGUGUGACACACACACACACACCAGCUCUGUAGUGCUUUAACACACAUUAUACAACUAAUACAAUGCAUCAUUACAGCUCCUGUGUUCCUCCUCUUCACUCCCUCUUUCUUUGCUCUCCUCUUUUUCACCUCCCCCCUUCCUCCCUCCAGCACUCAGCAAGUCACUUAAUCUUGUAUUUAUCGCUAAAAGAAACAGAAAAGAACACGGUGGAAUCUUUUAUUUAUUCUGGUGUAUCUGAAACUCCUGAAUCACGUCAGCCUGUGGCUCCCUGUCGACCUUUUUCACUCCUUUUGUAUGAUUUUACGACUGAAUUCAAGAUUAAAUGGCUUGUGAAUCCUC